AUGAGAGGGAUCUCCGCGGACGGGCGCGAACCGGACUCGUCCUGGCGCCGGAGGGGGGCUGCCGUGCCGCGGCCCGAGAAACCACACCGCCGCCGGCCGCUGGGCGCAGGAUCCGAGGCGGAGAGCGAGGAUGAGGGCGGCGAAAGCGAAGAGCGAGAGGAGCAGACAGAGGAGGCGGCGGCUCCGGCGGCGGCGGCUGCUGCGACUGCUGCUGGCGCUCGCGCGGCUGCCGCUUUUCUAGAACCUUCCCUCCGACCAACGCGUCUUCCCCCUCCGCCUACGUCAGUGCGGCUGCGCAGACGCACUAACGGCCGCCAACGGCGCGGAGGGGCUGCGUUCGCCCUACGCCAACAGCGUACCCCGCCCCCGCAGGGCGGUGCCUGGCGCCAUUGGGCGGGGGAGAAACGGUCGCGCAGUUUGAAAUUGACCCAGCCCCCGCCCCCCGCCCCCCGCCCCGGGGCCCUGACGGGCUCCCUGAGCGCCGCCGAGCCAGAAGCCGCCCGCCCCACGGCUCCGCCCCCGCGCCGGGGCCGCGACUCGGCCCGGCCCACCCCUGGGGCCCAGACUCGGCUGCCCAGUUCCGCCUGGUCCCCUCCCCCACCUGCGGCCGGCCCCACCCCCACUCCCAAAGGAAGUCCUUUGGGCCUGCGUUUUGGCGCCAGUGCACGGCCCCCCACGGCUCCGCCCCCGCGCUCCCCGUCCCAGCUCAGCAGCGACGGCAGCGGUGGCCCCGGCGGUAGCAAGCAGCGGCAGCAGCAGCAGCAGCAACAGCAGCGGUAG